AUGAAGACCUCCUUAUUGCUCAUCGCUCUCCUCGCGCUCGCGGCGAGCACCACCGCCUACGCGCAGUACCAGUACGCACAAUAUGGUGGCUAUUCCGACCAAGCCGGCGGAGGGGCCGAAUGCGAGCAGCAGCAGGUGAGGCUAAGCUCUUGCAAGGACUACGUGAUGGAGCGGUGCAUGACCAUGAAGGACUUCCCGGUGACAUGGCCGUCGAAAUGGUGGAAGGGCGGAUGCGAGCACGAGGUCCGGGAGCAGUGUUGCGAGCAGCUAAACAAGGUGGCACAGCAGUGCCGCUGCAAGGCCAUCUGGGGAGCCGUCCAGGGCGAGCUAGGUGGUUUGUUGGGCUUUGUGAGAGGUGAUAUAGGCAAACGUAUACAGAGGGCGAAGAGCGUCCCAACCAAGUGCAACAUGGGCCCCGAGUGCGACUUCCAUCCUACCAGUCCUACUACUGGCUAUUACUGGUGA